AUGACUGGCAGUAUUUUCUAUGCAUGUUCUUCUGAGAAAAAUGAUUUACGCUCUGAAUGUAAUUCUCGGCGUCGCCGUCGGCAAAUAUCGGGCGGCUUGCCUGCUGGAUACGGUAAUCCAAGUGGUGCAAUUCCAGGUCAAUAUUACCAAAGCGUUAGCAAUCCAAAUGCUGGCCAUUAUGGUACAAUCAACAAUUUGAACCCGUCGGGAAACAAUUUAGUUUAUCCACAUCAUAAACAGUCAUAUGGCGCAAAUCACUAUGGUUCUAAUCAUAAUCUUCUUCCUGGUAAUAAUGCAUAUGGCAGUAGCUCAUGGCAAAAUAAUAACCGACCUGGUUCAAAUGGAUGGUAUUCAGGUGGAAUUGGUGGAAAUAAUAUUUAUCCAUAUAAUAACAACUAUCCAAAUUCAAAUUUGUAUAUAAAUGGUUAUUUUAAUAAUUGCUGUGAUAAUUUAAUAUAUCUUAUCAAAUUUGAAACUGGCAAAACAAUUGUUUUACGUCAACCAUUGAAAAUAAAUUCCUCAAUCGAAUUAUCAACAUCGUCAUUUAGAUUAAAUUCAAAUGGUUCAAUGCCAUAUUAUCCGAUGCAUCGGAUUGAACAUCAAGCAUGGAUACUUGAUUUAUUAAAUCACCAUCAACACAUCAAGCAUUUUGUACCAGAAUUAUUAAUAUUAAAUCCGUUGAAGAAUUAUUUGAUAGAAAGUUAUAUACCAGGUAUAGUCAGAGCAGUUGUACACAUUGGCGGGCCACCAGCAGGGCAAUUGGAGGCAAUUAUCCCUCCUGGAAAAAAUGUCAAGGGCAAUAAGCUAUUGCUGCAGUUAUUGCCCUGUGAAGAAUUGUAUUUCGCAGCAGAGUAUCUGUCCGACGUUCAAAAUAAAGAGAGAGAGCAAUUGCUGAUAGAAAAAUUUGACAUACAGUUUAAAUGAAGGAAAAAGUGUGUUAGGAAGGACAAUAAUUAUGAAGAGAAGCACGUUUGUGUUUGCACUACUCUAAAAAAUUUAUUAGCCACCUUCCCCCAAAAAAAUUUUUUUUUCGAUCCGCCCAUGUUUAUAUGGAAAUACCCUGCACAAUACAGCAAAAAUCAACUCAUAUAUCAUUAACACAGAAUGACGGAUGGUCCAGAUUAUUGCCGGACUUUGCAAGGCUUUUUUCUCAAGUUUGGCCAAACAAUUUUGUUUUGAUGCUGAAAGAUAGAGAAGUUUAGUUUGCCUAGAUUUUAGUCCUAUACACAUUUUGAAAUAAACAUUUUCCACUUUUCUACUGCAUUAAAAAUGCUGAAAGCUAUAAAAAGCAGAGUUGCGCAGUAGUAUCUAUAGAAUAAACCGUAAUUUUUAGUAUUCAUACUACCCAGUGAAAAAAAACGAGCGUGAUUCCGCAAGUUCCUGGGGGAAAAAUGAAACAUUUUCACGCCGGAAGUGAAAGUCUUCUGCAGGAAAAGAAGCACUUUUCCCGCCGCAUUCUGCAGGAAUCUUUCGAAAAUCUGAAGAACUCCGUUCUUUUCUUAGGGAAAAUUCCCGCCGCGUUUAAGACAUUUACGA